AUCUCUCCUUAUUAUCCAACUUGAUAAUAGGCUUUUCCUUAAUCUCUCCUUAUUAUCCAACAUAUUCGCUUAUCCAACGUUCUGCCGGCCCGUUUAUGUUGGAUAAGCGAGACUCUACUGUACCUGUUUUUGUGGACACAACAAAUACUAUUAUCCUGCAUGGAGUUAAGUUGCCAAAAGCAUUUGUGCAAGAUUAUAGCUCAAGGCUUCGUGUGUUUAUGCUUAGGCCAGACAUCUUUUAAAAUGUUGUUCUACCGGAUGUCUUUUGUUGUAUGUAUCAAUAAGUUUGGGGAGGUAAUAAUUUCGAAACACUUGGUGUUUUGUUGUUUUAAUGGUGAAAUGCUUUGUGAUACAAUGUGUGCUUGUGAAAAGAAGGACAUUGUUAUUUAAACAGAGAAAUAAGUUUAUCUAAUUUUUUAAAAAUCUGAACUCUUUUUAUAUAAGCCACAUUCUGCUGACAGGCUGCAUCUGUGUUUUGAAUCCAGAUGAAUUAAUUGAAAGUUAAGCAGUCAUAUAAGAGUUUCUACUGUACAAGGAUAUUGUUGGUAGUUAUGGAACUUAUUUGUGACACCUUUGGGAAGGAAUGUGGGAAAUGUAAUACAGGGUGGGGAGGCAUUCCCGGUGGCUGGCAUAGCAGCUGCUGCUUAGCAGACUGCUCCAAAGUAACUGGCAGAGCUGGUCUCCCUCUUUACUUGGCAUUUCACAUGCUUUUACUGGCACCUCACCAUGCUUAGGUGCCAGAAGGAAAUCUCACCAUUAAUCCCCCCAAACCCAGCCACUUUUUCUUAAACAAAGUCAACACACACCAAUCAAGUGCAUAAAAGAAAUAGUGGAGAUAUUGUGCAUUCGGUUCCAACCGUUUGACUGUUCCUUGGUGGUAGUUGAGGGCUGAUUUGAAAAAAAAAAUUGGUUUCCAUGGCUGCUUCUCUCUGUGUGAACAUAGUUUGGAUAAAAAUAGUCAGCAGUAGAGUUUGAUGCCUUACUUUUAAGUGCUCUUCUUCCCCACCCAUCACCCUUGCCAAUUUUCCUUUCAGCCUGCUGUUCAAAAUACACACAGUGAAGAAUUAGGGUUCAAGUUUACGAGCCCUAAACUUUUAUCCCCAAGUAUUUGAAGAGUGCACUCUGCCCAUGUUCGUGCAUCCAAAAAGUUUUUGAGUAUUUUCAGCACAAGGCUUAAAAUGCAAGGUGAAGAACUGGGAAACCUUAAAUUAAAUCCAUGAUUUUUUUCCACUGGAUGCCCUUUAAUAUUAGCCAAAUUGUGCCCCAGAUACAAUUCUAAAAAGAUUGCCUUACCCAUAAUCCAAACACUUCUUAACAUCAGUUCUCCAAACAGCUUCUAGAACUUAAAAUUGCAAUUUUUGGAUCUCUGAGGCAAAUAAACUGCCCGUGUCAAUUUAACUCAAAGUCACAGAACAUUCUCCUCUAUGAGCAAUAGUAAAUGGGACAGAAUUUACCUAUUAGACCUUCAAACCAUUUCCAGCCAUUGGUAUAAGUGAGGAUGUCACUGCAUAUUAAAUGAAGAAAGAUGAAGUGUCAAUUGCUAAACCUUGAUAAUUGAUGCAGCUGCCGCAAAUAAUCUGACUGGGAAAAGAAACCUCACACAGAGCCUGGGAACAGAAGUCUGCAGUUUGAGAAGCGAGCAGGAAUAGAGAAGUGUAUGGGACAAAGAGACCAGCAGGAAUGAAUUUCACACACAGACUUAAAAUAACCAGCUAGCUCUCUUGUCUAAUGGUCUUAUUGGAAGAGAUCGUCCAGCAGAAUAGCAUUGAGGAAACAGCUGGCAGGGACUAACUCACGGGAUUCAUGUUGCAGGCAUCUACUCGCAAAUCAUAGAUCUAGUUCUCUUUUAUGCUAGUGGCAACUGCUAGGAUCUAAGCCACAUAUACGUACAAUAUGAAUUGUAGCCAACUCAACACUUUAUCCACUUGGCUGGCAGAUUGCCUUCCAAAUGCAAACUUGGAGCAAACUACUAGUUAAACAUGUAGCAUGUUCCCGUACACAUCGUUUUUCCCUAAUGAAAUGGCAGCCACUAGGAAAAGUCUAUCAAAAUUAAGACUCUGGGUAGCAGAGAGAUUCGUUGUUCAUGUAGCUCUUAUUUGAAACGGAGUAGAAAUUUUAGUGCAGUCCCAUUCCAGAUAGCAUCUCCAAGGGAUCUUUGGGUGGACUACAGUGAGCAAGACAUCAUCUGUUGCUAGUAGCAUAGCAUAUUUAGCAAAAUGCUAUUGGGUUUCUGUUUUGGUAGUUAGGUUUUGGCAUGUAAACUACAAUUGCUAUUUGGUGAAGGGGUGGUCUAGUGUCAUUUCUGGUCAUUUCUGACUUAAGGCAGUCUUAAGGGAAAUCUAUCAUAAGGGUUGUGUGGGUACGACUCACUCAAGGUCACCCAGUGGGUUUUAAGGGCUGAACAGGGAUUCAAACUCUGGUCUUGCAAACCAUUACACCAUACUGACUCUCAAAUAGGCAAAGACUUAUGGUGAUCCCGUGAAUGAGAACCAGAAAUAAACCUCCUGAGUGUUGGAGGAAUGAGCUAACUCCUCUUUCCGAUGGUUUCUGUACUCAUGCUUCUCUCUCCCCCACCCACAUUUGUUGCUGCUAUUUUAAAGGUGGGGGGAAUAGACAUGCAAGACAAAACUACCCAUUCAGACGAAUGUGUAGCUUGAGCCUUACUUGUAUCUUUUUUCUGUGGCUCAUUCCUGGCUCUGAUUAAAUCUUGGUUCUGUUUCUUCCCAACGACAUUCCUGAGUCUGGCGCAUACAGCCCAUAAGGGAAAAGGCCUAUUUCUUCUUAAUGCCUGAAGCACAGCGGAGUUGGAGUUUGUACAGAUAAUCAUAAUUGUGGUGGUCAUGAUGGUUAUGGUGGUUGUCAUCACGUGUCUGCUGAAUCACUACAAACUCUCUGCACGGUCCUUCAUCAAUCGGCACAGUCAAGGACGGAGGAGAGAGGAGAACCUAUCAUCAGAAGGAAGCUUGUGGCCUUCGGAAAGCACAGUGUCAGGAAAUGGCGUAACGGAGCAGCAAGUCUACACCCCGAGGCCUACAGACAGACUAGCGGUUCCAUCCUUCUUGCAAAGGGACCGUUUUAACAGAUUCCAGCCGACGUAUCCAUACCUGCAGCAUGAAAUCGACCUGCCGCCCACCAUCUCUCUGUCGGACGGAGAGGAGCCCCCUCCGUACCAGGGGCCCUGCACGCUGCAGCUCCGGGACCCCGAGCAGCAAAUGGAACUCAACCGGGAGUCGGUCCGAGCGCCUCCCAACAGAACCAUCUUCGACAGUGACCUGAUAGAUAAUUCAGUGUACGGGGGACCCUGUCCUCCGAGCAGCAACUCGGGCAUCAGCGCAACCUGCUAUGGGAGCAAUGGCAGGAUGGAAGGACCGCCUCCCACGUACAGUGAGGUCAUAGGCCACUUUCCUGGGUCCGCUUUUUAUCAGCACCAGCAGAACAACAGCGGGAUGCCCUCGAUACUCGAAGGGGGCAGGCUUCACCCUUCGUCACAAAUCAAUAGCCUUGAGAGCACAACGGCAUGGAACAAAGAGAAAGAGAAACAAAAAGGGCACCCCUUUUGAAAGAAAAAGAAACCAAUUGGGGGGGGAAAGAACACUCUGCACUUCUUGUUAAUGGGAUCGGAGGGUUGGUUGGGUGGGUGGGCAAGGUAUGGAGAAAUAGGGGUGUGGAACAAAACACCCUUCUCCACCUCUGUGUAGUAUAAAUAUUUACAUGUUACGUUUGGUCUGAAUGCACAAGCCAACAAAGCUUGCAAAGAAAGAUUUGUUGAGCUCGGUCUAGAAGGUUUUGGUUUUUUUUUUUCCUCGUUUUGUUUUCUAAAGAAAUCUACAGCAGUCCUUUUAUUUUCUACCCCCACCUUUAGUUUCGUUUCAAAUUGAGCUGCGUGUGUGAAUGUGACACCUUUUUUGUUUAUUUCACUUAACUUUAAAGAAAAAAUAUUUGCACAAAAACGUUUGUUUAAAGAUCUGCAAUAUAUAUAUAAAUAUAUAUUAAAAAAAAAGAAAAGAAACUGUAUGUGUGUUGGGGAAGCAGGAGUAUUUUUAUAAUAGAAGAGACCUAUUGAGGGGGGGAAAGUUUUUGUUGUGUUUUUCUGAACUAGAAUAAAAAAAACAUGGCAAUUUUUGAGAGCCAACUCAAAAAAGCAUGUGUUAUGUUGUAAAAAGAAGAAGAAGAAAAGGGGGAAACAAAAAAACAAAAGCAGGGGUUAGAGUUAUUUAUAUAAAUGUUGAAAAUUUUGCACUAUUUUUUAAUAUAAAUGUGUUAGUGCUUGUGUUGGUCGAAAACCUCUUUCAUGUCUACCACAAAACUGUUAAGAGAAAUAUGGCGAAGACUAAAAAUCAUACGGGAGGGAAUACCCAUAAGAUGGAAAACACAGAUCGGGAAUGAACAUCAUGUAAGGAUGGCAUCUUGUGCAAUUUUUUUAACUCUCCAAAUUCAUAUGCUCAUGUCUAAAACCUGAACGAAUUCUAUCACACCUGACUACAGGUAUUGUUGGAUACCUGGAAAUGAAAUCUAUGUUCCAAUGCAUCACUUGUGAAGGCAAUGCAUGUGUUUGUUAAUUUUCUCUUUCCUUGUUUUUUUUUUUUUAAACAAACAAAUAUGUUGUUUCAGGCCCCUAUUUCGUUGUAUAUGGAAGGAGGGGGCGCUUUCUGAAAAGCAAGCAAAGAGGCGAUUUAUAUACACUCCUCUCAAUCGACAUUGUGCCUGUAAAUUUUAUUUUAUGUCACCCUUAGGUAUCUGUUCCCUGGGGUCAUAAUGCAUCCAUUGUUUUACAUUCCCUAUGAAAACAAGAUUUAUUAUUUUUCUUUUUGUGAUUUAAAAGUUCUGAGUCUGCAUUUGUGUUAUGAUUAUUGGAGGCGGGACAGAAAAAAUAAAUAACAGGAUUCCAAAACAGUUCUGCAGACAGACGGCCCUCCUAGACAGAGCUUGGAAGUAACAGGCUACAAAUUACAACCAUAUAUGUGACAUGUUACUUUGGGAAAACCUGAAGGCAUAACUGUGUUCCUUUAAAAAAAAACUUAUUAACAAGUGGUAGUGAUAUUGCUCUACCUGCCCACAUAUGACUUUUUAUUCUUAGGGGCUAAAAUGCUUUUGGGGAUUUGGAGGGGACUCUUCACCCCACCCCAGAAAUCAGGCAAUUUUCUCACUUUAUUAAUUUCUUUUUAAAUGAACUAAACAGAAAAAGGAACAGAUAAUUAAUUUAUCAAACUUUAAUGCUAAUGAGCCACUUUGGGGACUUUGUAACAAGUUGCAUAACAAAUGAAGUUACUUUUCAAGCUCUGUUUCUAGCGACUGUUCAAAAAUGGGAGCGAGUGGGAGCUUCCGUUGGAUCCAACCUCUGUCUGCUCUGAAACCCUUGGAGCACAUAGAGGUGACAUGUUCUUUUGUGACAGCUCUGGAGAGCCAACCUCCUUAACAGGCAGUUAGAACAGCCCUUUCUAUUGCUAUUGUCUCACUAAUUUCAGGAGGACCAUAAAAGCAUAAGCAGUCAUUAAAUUGCCUUCUUUUUAAUGACUGGGUGAUGGCUUCUAAUUGUCGUCUUCUCCUCUCUUUUUUUUAAUAUCAAGCUAAUUUGCCUGUCUACAAUUAAGGUAAUAAAAGCGGGGGAAGCGUCAAGAUCCCAUAAACCUGCCUUAUAGAUGACUUUUUAAAUAAUACCCUGGAAACCUGGUUUGGGGCACCUCAUGUUUUCCACAAGGUUUUAAAUAAGCUGCAUAAAUGAAGGUUGCCCAGAUGGUGAAGGGCAAAGUCUCUGUGCCACUAAUGCUUAAUGUAGAAAAGGGGGAGAGGAAUGGCAGGUGCAGAAUACAUGCUGCUCUGAAACACCUUCUAUUUACAUACCAAUUAAUGAGAUGGGAGUUUUGUUCUCCUUUGUAUUGGAUAUUCGGCCUGGAUAGAACUCCCUCCAGGCCAAAUGAAGCUUUCCAGACAUGUAUUGCAUACAACUAAGUGCACUUCCUCUUAUAUGUUUGCAGUUCCAGGCAGAUGGCAAAAAAGGGGGUAGCAACCUUAUCACUAGGGCAAUAAUUUCUGAACAUAGGUCUCCAGAUGCAGAAAUAAUGGGAAGCCUUGCUUCUCUAUGGGUUGCUUGCAUUCACCCAUGUCAGGCUACAAUUUGCAAAAGCUCUAGCCCCAUGGUUCUCAACCUCUGGGUCCCCAGAUGUUUUGGCCUUCAACUUCCAGAAACCCUAACAGCUGAUAAACUGGCUGGGAUUUCGGGGAGAGUUGUAGGCCAAAACACCUGGGGAUCCACAGGUUGAGAACCACUGCUAUGGCCAUUGACUAUGUUGACUGGGGAUGCUGGAAGUUGUUAUCCACCAACAUUUAGGGACUACCCACUCCAGGAACUAUUGUCCUAAGGUGGGGCUGCAUUCAGUGUGAUGAGUCAGAAGUUGUGCAGGCUUAUGAAAUAGAAAAGGCAGGCAUCCCCAGUCCUAUCAAAUCCACAUUGGUGGUCUUGGGAUUUAGUCCCACUCUUGUGCUUUUCCUCUACACUGAAAGAAAAAGAAGGUGCUCAAUAAGCAGUCCUAACGGAUUACCUCCUUUUCUUGACUGCCUCUUGUUUUAACUAUAUUUUAGUUCUUCUAGCUGAAGAGGUUGGGCGCACAUGUUGAUGGGAACACAUCAACUCCGGUGGUGUAGUAAAAGCUAAGGAGCUUUAGAAACAGCCCCUUCCCAUGUUCUGCAAGUUGGUCUUCACUCGCAAUUCUUCCUGGUGCGGCAUCCAUCUGUGUCAAGGUUUUGGCACCCCACCCUCCCUCAAACAAAUCAGCUCAUGCCAUCUUUAAAAGUGUUCCCUCCCCCCCUCCCUCCCCCUUGUUUUAUCGAGCAUUAUGUCUUACAAUGCUAUUGUUUACAUUGUUUUAUUGAUAUUGUAUAAAAGAUCUAAUCAGUUGCUUUAACCCUCUUGGUGCAUUUGUAUGUGACUGAGUGCAAGUGAGUGAGAGGCAUAAAUUAUGAAGAGCAAGAAGAAGGACAUGUAAAACACACACACAUACACACACACACAUAUAUAUACAAGGAAAUGAAAUCUUGUUCUCCCUGUCUUGUUAUAGAUAUGAAUCUAUAGCUAGAAAGGCUGCCAGCUCUCCAGAAACAAACCUGUCUGCCCUAUUCUUCUGCCUUGAAAAGCAGCAUGCUGGGCAGACAUUGGAGAGUGAAACUUGUUAACAGUAUGGGGAUGUCAGUGGGAUCCCAUGUUCAUGUGUGGAUAUGUCUACAUGGAUCAUGAGGGAUAAAUCUAUCAGUGGAUACUGGGCAACUGCAGAGAGAAUCUUGCUGGCUUUAUUACCCUCUUGGUGGGCUUCCUGAACAUAUCAGAUUGGCCGCUGUGGGUCACUGAGUGUUUGUUCUGAAACCUACCGACCUCUCCUUUAUGGUGUUAUGUUUUCAGCUGGUGACAAAGGAACAGCUACAACAAGCUGUUGAAAAGUUGGCAACCUUUAUGGCUACAGAGUUCCAUGUUCUGGGAAAUACAAGAGCACUCCAUUGAAGGAAGCACUGGGAUUGUAGAAGGAACAGUACUGAGUGACCUUUAUUUUUAAGCAAGGAAGUAUAACAUUCUGCCAGAUGCUAACUAGUAAGGUAACAUAAAUGAAAGAUAUGAAGGCAAUAACUCUUGUUUUUAUGCGACUUUUCUAUUACUUGAAGGGAGGAAAAAGAACCCCAAAAUUGGAAUGAAAAAGGAUGGCGGUAACAACAAAGAGAUGAAUUUGAAGUUUUUGCAGUUUUUAAAUGAAACGUUUGCCUCUUUUUUUGCCUAGUAAUCAGGUCUUGAAUCUUUUUUUACAGCGUUGGAGCCUUGCCUCCUUCCUUACAACACCUACAAUAUACAGAUUUUUCAAAAAAAUAACUCAAAAGAGUCAUUCUAGCUUCCUACAAAAAUUACAAAGUCAGUGAAUUUCUAGAAGCAUUUUUUUAAAAGUAUCUUUCCUUUAUGUGACAUGUCUAUUUAGUGCCUUAUUUUUAAAAACACAGAAAUCCUCCCUUUAAUAGAAAAUAGCAAAAAAGAGAGGGGAAUCCAAUCAUUUCUAAUGGAAACUUCCAGGGUGUGGUCACUUUUGCAUUUAGAUCCCUGGGUUGCAAUUUUCUCUCAUUAAUUUAUGUAGGGUUUUUUGGGGGGUACCUUUACUUUAAAGGUACCUUUGAGCCCCACUAUAACGAGUUUGAUGUGCCUAGCUGUGUAAGGUGCUCCUUCGUUGUCUUGCCAUCUGUUUUCUUGGGACUGUUUGUGAGGGAACUUGAAUAUAUUUUAUGCACAUAUCCUACUCCAGUAGGGUAGUCCAUUGUGGUGGGUUUUGUAAUCAAGGAUACCAACCAAAAGACAAACUGAAAUAUACCUACUGCCCUCUUGAGCCAAAAUGAGUAAACAGUAAUGUUUUGUGUUUUUGUUGUUUGUUCUUGCUGUUCUUGUUAUAAUUAUUAUUAUGUUCUUUGUUCCGUGGUCUUACUAGUGUGUUUGCUACACACACACGUAUGCACGCCCUUCUGUUGGUUUGGGGUGGAGUAUGAGCAUCACAUAUCUAAAAGCUCUGCCAUCUUUGCAGAAUUGUCAACAUGGCUGGAGGUUGUUUUAAAAAAAAUCACACUGGAGUGCCUUGUACAAAAUGGGCAAAUCUCACAGGUUUCCCAUGGGGCCACCAGCAGAAGCAGCAGGGAUUGGUGGCGUUGGGACCUUUGGGGAGCCCUUACCAACCCCUCUGAGCUUCAUGGGGCUGCUGCUCCUCCCCACUGUUAGUGCCCAUCUGCUCUCUCCAAUCAGGCAAACCAUGACAAGAGUGAUGAUGACAUGAAGAAGGCCUUCUUGACUUGCCUUCAUGCUUUUCUUCUGGGUGAUGGUGUAGAUUGGGUUCAGAGUGCAACUGCAUUGGGCACCUGGGACAAUUGUGGAGAACAAGACCCAGAGAGAGCAUCUUGCCCAAAGGACUCCCCAAAAUCUGGAGCAGGUUACUAACUUUGUCUCUUUACUAGAAUACUUGACAUGCAGCAGUGAAGGCAAGACCAGGUCUUUCUUGGCACUGAGAUGAAGCAAUGGUUGAGGCUUCAGCCACUCUAUUUCUCCAUGUUGGGUUCUGUUAACUGGACAAGGACAAAGUCAGUAAAGACAAUUUUGGCUAAAUCAUCAAAAUAAGAUUUUUGAAGUCAGUUAACUUAUGUUGAAGCGCAAUUUAUUUUUCUGAACUGUUGAUUUCUUGCCCUCCCAACACUCAUUCACACACAUAAGUGUCUCCCUGAACAAUCCUUGCCUAUACUUUCAAUUGGUUAAACACUACAAAUUUUGAGAAUUAGUUAAUCAGUUCCAGUUUUAGUUUAAGCACCAUACUAAAUACUGCACGGUUGAAAUAUGAUUUUUUUGGUGUGGAGAGAAUAGAUUUCUCCCUCCAAAAGGUUUAAUGCCAGCAGACAGAGGAGACAUGUUACUCCAUUGGCUUUGUGAUUUUUAUUAGGAAACAAACAUUUUUGUCUCAAAGCAAUAGCUGAACUUGAAAACAUUACUUUUAGGACUACAAAUCCAUAUCCCCAAUCAUCUCAGUUUGACAUGAACCAUCUAGAUUAAUCUGCUGCCCCACUGUCAUCUGCUUUUCAAAUGUCCCAGUUUCUCCUUCCUCCUACUUGACCCCCUUGUCUUCAGCUUUCUUCAAUUAGUGCAAACUGAUGUCAAAAGAAGUAGUAGUAUAGGAAUCUUGCCCUUCCCAGUAGUCUCGGACAAAAGCCAACUGCUGCAGCCUUCUCAUAACUUGUGUGUUCUUCCUCUUUAAGAACCACUUUGACCAUGUUCUGAUAUUGCUUGGCCACCUGUAUCCUAGUUUUGAACUGUGAAGUAUUGGUGGGUAUGGAACCCAAAUUCUUUCCAGCCAGACUGGGGCACUUUCAGAGUUGAAGGCAAAAAGAAAAACUAAUCUCUCCCACAUCUCAGCUCUAGGCUGUAGCUGUAAAAUGUAUCUAAAGCCCCACCAUCACCACCACUAUUCAGAUGCAUUCCUGACUUUAGCUGUCACCUUGGAUUUCAGCUUGCCACCAUUUGAUCACUUAUAGCUCAUGCCCAGGAGACUACAAAUAUUGUGGGCAAAGCUUUUCCCAUUACAGAUGCUCUGUGCCAGGAAAAGCAGUAUGUGUUGGCUUUUGCCUAUCAGGUCCAGGAGUUCUGCCAAAGGAAAAAAAAAGAGUGGCAACCUUAAUUGAAUUGUGCCGACAGAAUUCCAAACAUGGAAUAGGAACGAUCAAGGACUCACAUUGCUCUUAGAUUUUCUCACAUUGCGUUUUUAUUUUACACUUGUGUAUUUACAUUAAGAAAUGUCACCCAUAACUAUUAGUAAGAUCAGCAACACAUGUAAACUGGCAUCUUGGCCUUUAAAUCAUUCCAAGUGUUCCAGUUCUUACCUAGCCUUUCAAGAUAAUCUGGAAGUGCUUGUUGCCAGGUUGUAUUAAUUCCAGAAAUUAGGAGCAUCUUUGAGCAUUUAUGUCAUCAGCAAAGACCCUUGUGCAUAAUGAGUAGAUCAGUGGUGUUAAGAAUUCUAGUUUCCUCAUUCAUUAAAGGGAAACAGCUUGGCCACAGUUCAGGAUGUUGAUGAUAAAGUCAGAUCUUCAUUGAUAAACACCAGUGAAAAUGUGUUACUCGUGACUCAAGAGAAAGACCACAUGAAAAACUAAAAUUGAAGAAGAAGCAAGGCUCCAUUUCUGUUUGGCAACCUCCUGGGCUCCAAUGCCAGUUUGUGAAAGGUUUUACAAGUCAGGGUUACUUCAAAACCAAUGAGGCAAUAUUUUUAGGACUGUAUCUUCAAGCAGAGCAGAAACCAAUCUUAAAAUCAAUUCUAUUAAAAACAUGAUGUACUGAGAUAUGAAUUUUGGAAAUCAUAAUGGUAGGCCUUAGUUGGGCCUUUUCAUAGUUCUUGAUUUCAACCAUUUGUAAGCAUUAAGCUUAAAAAUCUGAUCCAUUAUUGAUUUUAAGAACAAGGAUAUGACUGUCAGCCAAAAGUGGGGAGGAUAAAAAUCAAUAUACUUCUUGAGAAUAUCUUUUUAAUACAUCUAAAUCUCUUUAAAAUUGCACUAAAUGCUCUAUUUAAUGGAAAGGAAAAAAUCCACCAUUUCCCCCUUUAAGAGUUGAAUAAAAAAGCCAGAUGUGUAGCAUAAACAUACUAACCAAGAACAGAAUGAAUUCAUUUUCUCCUGUAUGAUCUGUGUGGCAUUCAGAUUUAUAUAAAAAUAUAUAUUUUCCCCCAUGUACUACAACUAAACUUAAGGGGUUGGAUGGAAAAAACACAAUUUUCCAUAAACUGCGCUUUCCAAUUUUUGCUGUAAUAUAGAAGCUCAUGAAGGACUACAUUUAAAGUCCUAAUUUGCCUGCCUUAUAGUCACAUUUCAUUGUAUUUUAAUAUUUUCUUCAAUUUCCAGUUGCAUUGCUUUUGGCUUUGGAGUUUGUUAUAGGCAGUCCUGUAAUCCUGAUUUUUUUUUUGUUCAAAUAAAAAUACGUAAACAAUAGACAGCACAUGCAAUGCAGUAAUUAUCUAUAUUUUGCUGUUUUAGUAUGAAUAUGUACUCUGAUGCCAAUUUCCACAAUUCUGUUGUAAAACGCUUCUUGUGUAACAGUAACCAAUAGUGGCAAUGAUAUGUCAUUCUAUUCUUAAAAAGCUGCAAUACUUUAAACAAUAAAUUUUACAAUACUUUGGA